GCGACAACCACCCGACAUCUCCAAGGCUUCAAGUACCAACAACCGUCCGACUGCUUCAGGCCAGACAGGACUGUCGCCCGCCAUGGAGUCCAUUGCGCGGAUAUCCAGUCUGCUCGAGAGCGCCCGAGAGCUCACUCUCGAUGCCGCCUCAGCUACGCGCAGCUCCCGCAGCACCGGCCGCCCUCUCGACCGUACACAGAUCAAGAAGCUACUGGACAGUCGAAAUGAGCGCGAGGUGCUCGAUGGCCUGCGCCGCGUCCUCUCGAUGAUGUACCGCGGCCAAAAGACGUUGCCCUUCUUCUCCUCCGUUGUCAAGAAUGUCGCAUCACCGAACAUCGAAAUCAAGAAGCUCGUCUACAUCUACCUCAUCCACCAUGCCGAACAAGAACCCGAUCUGGCUCUGCUCUCCAUCAACACGAUCCAGAAAUCCCUCUCCGAUACGAACCCACAAGUCCGCGCCCUUGCUCUCAAGACCAUGUCCGGCAUCCGAGUUCCAGUCAUUAGCCAGAUCGUAUCUCUCGCAAUCAAGAAGGGUGUGGCAGAUAUGAGCCCUUAUGUGCGCCGAGCUGCCGCCCUCUCCAUCCCCAAAUGCUACCGCCUCGACCCCACGCAGCUACCGCAACUCCUCGAAUACCUGACUGCGCUCCUUGGCGACAAGCAGUACUUCGUCGCUGGUGCAGCAGUUACGGCCUUCCUCGAGAUAUGCCCCGAUCGAAUCGAUCUCAUACAUACACAGUACCGUGCAUUGGUCAAGAAGGUCGUGGACAUGGACGAGUGGAGUCAACUAGCGACGCUGAGAAUGAUGACAUAUUACGCAAGGAAAUGCUUUCCCAGGCGGACGCGCAGCGUCAAGAUUCAAGAAAGGACGGCCAAUUUGGGUGACUUUUACGGAGAAACUUCGCAGACUGGAGGCGAGGAGCAAGAGGUUGCCGUCGUGGAUCCAGACCUGGCCCUGCUGCUCAACGGCAUCAAACCGCUGCUACAGAGCCGCAAUUCUGCCGUGGUCAUCGCAGUUACGAGGUGCUACGUUGAUAUUGGCACGCCCGAAUACGUCAAGACAGCGAUCGGUCCACUCGUAGCGCUCCUCAGGGGACCGCAGGAUAUCCAACAAGUGGCACUCUACAACAUUGUCUCGGUGUGCCUGACGAGGCCAACCGACUUUGUCAAAUACGCCAGCCACUUCCUUGUCAGAGCUACGGACCCAGCACAAGUAUGGGAGCUGAAACUGGAGAUUCUGACACUCAUCUUCCCUCACGCGCCCCCACACAUCAAGAGCCUCAUUUUGAACGAACUGGAGCACUUCUCAGGCUCAACAAACAAAGCGUUGGUGAGAGAAGCGGUGCGGGCCAUUGGACGGUGCGCUCAGACGGACUCAUCCGCGGCUCCCAGGUGUCUUCGUUUGCUCCUUGGACAGAUCACGAGUCUUGAUGGAACCUUGGCGGCGGAAUCUUUGACAGUGAUUCGGCACCUGAUUCAGCAAGACCCCCAGGGUCACGUAGGUACAGUUGUUCGUUUGGCGAAGAACUUGGACUCGGCAACAGACCCUCAAGCAAGGGCAACUAUCAUAUGGCUUGUGGGCGAGUUUUCAGGCCUCGAAGGCGAGGACAACAUUGCGGCAGACGUGAUGCGGAUUCUUCUCAAGGACUUUGCGAGUGAGGCAGAGGUAGCCAAAGGACAGAUCCUCCUGCUCGCGGCCAAGGUCUACUUGCAUCACGUGAACCGACAAAACGAGAACAAGGGCGAAGACGAUGCGCCCGUACCCGUCCAAGACGACCACCCCGUCGCGAAACUCUGGGACUAUGCGCUAUUGCUAGUCCGCUACGACACAUCGUACGACCUUCGCGACCGGGCCCGGAUGUACCGAGCUCUUCUUUCCGUGCCCCAGCUAGCCACGUUGAUGUUGUUGGCACCAAAGCCCGCACCCCAGGCUCCGAGCCCAUCGGAGACGCGCAAGGGAUUCAUGCUCGGUUCAUCAACGCUUGUCUUGGCCGGUGGAGGUGGCAUUCACGGGUUGCGUGGUUAUGAUGCUCUCCCCGAAUGGGUAGCUGAGGGCUCAGAACCCGACAGGCGGCUACGAGAGACAGAAUCAACAUCAUCGAGCUAUGGUGAGGACAAGACCGUGCCGGCAAGUCAAAUGCUCGACAGCGCGGUCAGAGCGGCACCAACGAGGACCAACGGUCUCGGUGCCGUUGUGGGUGCUGGUGCUGCAAGCGGUGUUGGUGUCAAGACACUCGAUGACUGGCUCGCUGAAGAAGAGAAAGAAGAGCAGCAGACGGCCUUCCACAUGGAGGAAGAAGAUGAUGAUGAGGAUGACGACGAAGAGGAGGAAGAAACAGACGAUGAGGACGAAGAGGAAGAGGAUGAUGAGGAUGAAGAGGAGGACGACGAAGAGGAGGAGAGUAGCGACGACGACAGCGAAUGA